GACUGUGAAAUCAAGCAUAUAAUCAUUUCCAGUUAACACAAAAAGUGAUAAGUUCAUUUUCCACUCAAUUUACUUUACUUUGUUUGAUGAUAACUAUGAAUGGUUAUUGAGAAACGGAAUCAAGUUGUUAUUUUUUCGGGAGGAAACAAGUGAUUUUUCAGCAAUUUUUCUAAAAAAAAACAAUAUAUUUUUAAAAAAUACUCAAGCAAAAUUGGUGGUGCAGUGAAAAUUAGAAUUCUUCUAUUUCAAAAUAAAACUUUAUCAUUGGAAAAAUUCUUCGCUAAAUUGCGUGUACAAACAUUCUUGAGAAUGCAUUUUCCGAAAUUAAAUUAUAAGGCAACACUUAUUGUGAGUGCUUGUUUGCUUGCAUUUGGCAUUGGAUUUGGAUUUUUUGCAUUUCCAAAAUUAUUGAAGAAAAUGGUCACAGGCCAAAUAAACGUUGCACCAGGAUCAACCAUAAGACCUCUCUACGAAAAAGCACCGUUUUUCAUUGAUUUUCGUGUUCGUCUGUUUAAUGUGACAAAUAAAGAGGAAAUAAUUGAAGGAAAAAAACCAAAAUUACAAGAGAUUGGGCCGUAUUUUUUUGAGGAAUGGAAGGAAAAGUUUGAAAUGGUUGACGAUGAUGCGGAGGAUACGGUUACCUAUCAUUAUCGCAAUAAGUUUAUAUUUCGUCCAGAUUUAAGUGAUGGUUUAACUGGCGACGAAAUCAUUACAAUGCCUCAUCCAUUGAUAAUGGGCAUGCUAAUGGCUGUGAACGUCGACAAACAAGCAAUGCUACCAACAAUUGAAGGCGUUCUUAAGAAUUUGUUCCACGAUCCAGCUGAUGCCUUUUACACGGGACGAGUUAUGGAUCUUCUCUUCGAUGGUGUUGGCGUUGAUUGUUCAUCGGAUGACAAAACUACCAUCGCAAUUUGCAUGUCAUUCGAUAGUAACAAAGCACUUCGCAAAAUUGACGAUCAACAUUAUGCAUUCUCACUAUUCGGUGGUACUAAUUACACCGAUUUGGGUGAAUUCAAAGUGUACCGUGGUAAAAAGAACUAUAGAGAUUUAGGUCGUGUCAUAUCAUUCAACGGUGAAACAGAAAUGAAUGCGUGGGAUGAAGAUGAAUGUAAUACGUACGUUGGAACUGAUUCAACCAUUUUCCCAGCAUUUAUGUCCAAAGAAGAAGGAAUUUGGGCAUAUGAACCGUCGAUUUGUCGGUCACUUGGAGCAUCGUAUCGGUCUAAAUCCAAAUACAAUGGCCUUCCAGUAUUGGUCUAUGAAAUGGACAUGGGAGAAGAUAUCAAUAUUAAGCAAUGCUUCUGUCGUGACGAGGACAACUGUCCACCGAAAGGAACAAUCGAUUUGUUCAAAUGCGGCGGCGUACCGAUGAUUGCCUCUUUACCUCAUUUCUAUUUGGCUGAUCCAAAACUGCUGGAAGGAAUCGAUUCCGGCCUGAAUCCAACCAAAGAAAAACACGGAAUUUCCAUGCUCUUUGAAAUUAUGACCGGUAGCCCGUUGAAAGCAGCAAAGCGUUUGCAAUUCAGUUUGGAGGUGAAAUCCAUUCCACAAGUUGAAAUGGUAAAAAAUGUCCCAGAUGUGAUUUUCCCACUGUUUUGGGUAGAAGAAGGAGUCAGUCUGGGUCGUGAAUUUACCGAUAAAAUGAAAAACAGCUUAUUUUUAAUGAUAAAAAUUGUCAAAGUUGUCAAGUGGCUGUGUAUCGUCAUCGGUGCUUUGGGAGGCAUUCUGUCUGGUGUAAUGAUGGUUAUGAGUAGCCAAAGCAACAACAAGGUUACAAUGCCAAAUGGCCGUUGAGGACACGUGCCCAUACCCAUACAACGGAGCUUUGGAUUCCGUUAGACGGAGUAAUUAAAAAUUUAUGAUAUCGUAAUUGUUGAAAACAAACCACCGUUCUAAAAAGUA